AAGCUCUUGGCUUGUUUGGGCAUCGUUGCAGGACAAAGCCGCGCUUCUGACAGGGACCCUCAGUGACCCGUCAGACAGCCGUGAGUGUGGGACUUUUAUGGGCUUCCACACCGACGUCAGGCACCUCGCUUUACCGUGAAGAUGGCGGAGGCUGCGGAGACACCACAACACCGUUUUUUCUGUCACUGCUGUAAAAGUGAAACAAAGCCCAAACUCCCGGAUUUUGUCUGUCCCAGAUGUGACUCUGACUUCAUUGAGGAGGUGUCAGAAGACUCCAGUCUCCUGCAGAAUAGUUCACCAGUGUCCAGUGAAGACUCAAACUCGUUGUUUUCAGAGUUAUGGCAGCUGCUGUUCAUGGAGCGGUCUGCUCUGCUGUCCAAUCCGCCCUCCUCAGAGUCGGACCCAGAUGACAGCGAGCAGGUAUCGUCAGGUCAGAUCUGUCCCUCCCCAGUGACGCCAAUCGCUGCUGAGGCCGCAGAACCAGAGUCUCCCUCCCCGUCUGAAGAGGAGAGGUCGCCCAGGCCAGACCAAAGGCCAGCAGUGGAAGGGAUUGUGCAACAGUUCUUGACCGGCCUUUUUUCCAACAACGGAAACCCCGGUGCUGCACCAGCUGCCCUAUCUAGUAUGCUACAGUUGCACUCAAACCCUGGAGAUUAUGCGUGGGGUCAAGGAGGUCUUGACGCUGUCAUAACAGAGUUGUUGGGACAGUUGGAGAGCACAGGUCCGCCCCCUGCAGAAAAGGAGAUGAUCUCAUCACUGCCGACAGUUUGCAUCUCUCAAGAACAGACAGACUGCAGACUGGAGUGUCCAGUUUGUAGGGAGGAGUAUACAUCAGGGGAGUCUGUCAGGAAGCUUCCCUGCCUCCAUUUCUUCCACAGUGAAUGUAUAGUGCCUUGGCUGGAGCUGCAUGAUACCUGCCCAGUGUGCAGAAAAAGCCUUGACGGUGUCGACAACAGCCUCCCCCCCACAUCAGAACCCCCAGAAGCAAACUCCAUCAUUCAUUUAACUUACAGUAACAUGAGGAAAUAAAAA